UAGUUGAUGUUGCAGGCCACAACAGCUUUUUAGAUUCUAUCAAAAAUGUCUUGGAAGCAAAGUCUUUCCUAACCGUUGAAUGGUUCUUGACAUGAAGAUUUCGUGAAUGAACUACUCUUUGUGAUUUGACAACAAGAAAUGAGGGGUCGAAAGGAAGCAGCAAUUGCUUUCAUCAUUAGCUUGGUGUGGAUACAGCAAAUUGUUGGCGAUGAAGAAGUGCGUAAUGCAUCAGUAACAAGUAAUUGGACCUGCAGCUGUCUCGCCAACCCAAGUUUUUCCCUUCCAGAAAACUGUUCAUCAUCCUGUGAUUGCACUAUUGACGAAUCAAGCAAGAACAAAUGGAUAUGUAUAUGUGCAGCUGAUGGAUUUCCUAGAGUGGCUACUGAUCAUAAUCACAGCAGCUGUUUUACAGCCUGUGAUUGUCGUUAUGGAACUCAACUUGAAACGCAAUCUGCAAAGAAGAAGAUAUCCAGCAAAGUUAUUUUGGUCAUUCUCUUAUUAUGUGCAACGGUCAUAACUCUUGGUUUUGUUGCUUCGAUGUUGUGCUAUGCCUAUAGAAAGGAUAAAUAUUCUAUUCAACGAUCUCUAUUUUCGUCCGACAAAUAUACAAGUUGCAACAGUGCUACCAACUUAAUACUAAGCCAAGGAACUACAACUGGAGAACAUGGAGGAUACAUAGGUUCCUCCAACUGUAUUGCAGGUUGUGUUCCUAAAGCAUCUAUUUUUUUCAAAAGAAAACCAGAAGUGUUUUACGGAACGAUUAUUCAGUUUUCAUAUGCUGACUUAGAGAGUGCAACCAAUAAGUUCUCUGAUUCCAAUUUGAUUGGGGUGGGAGGAAGCAGCUGCGUAUACCGUGGUUAUUUCAAAGAUGGAAAAGCUCUCGCAAUUAAGCGAAUUAAAACUCAGGCAGGGCGGGACGCUGACUCUGCUUUCUUGACAGAGAUAGAACUCAUUUCAAGACUUCAUCAUCGUCAUGUGGUUCCGUUGCUUGGCUACUGCUCCGAGCAUCAUGGUAAACAUGCAGAGAGGCUGCUUGUUUUCGAAUUCAUGGAAAAUGGCAAUCUGAGAGAUUGUCUGGAUGGGGCUUCCGGGAGACAUCUGGAUUGGAGCACACGGGUCGCAGUUGCUUUUGGAGCUGCACGUGGCUUGGAGUAUCUUCAUGAAGCAGCUGCACCAAGAAUCUUACACCGAGAUGUUAAAUCCACUAACGUCCUAUUGGAUGAUAACUAUAGAGCUAAGAUUACUGAUCUUGGCAUGGCGAAGCAUCUCCAAAAUGAUGGUAUCCCUAGCUGUUCCAGCUCUCCUGCUCGGAUGCAGGGGACAUUUGGCUAUUUCGCACCUGAAUAUGCAAUUAUUGGAAGAGCUUCUCUGAAGUCGGAUGUUUUUAGCUUCGGAGUUGUGCUCCUUGAACUGAUAACCGGACGACAACCAAUCCAUAAGUCAGCCAACAAAGCAGAAGAAAGCCUCGUGAUAUGGGCCACCCCUCGUCUACUAGACAGUAGACGUGUGGUCUCAGAAUUGCCUGAUCCAAAUCUGAACGGGGAUUUUGAAGAGGAAGAAUUGCAGGUAAUGGCUUACUUGGCUAAAGAGUGUCUUCUACUGGACCCAGAUUCUCGGCCAACUAUGAGUGAAGUUGUUCAAAUUUUGUCAACUAUUGCACCUGAAACAUCUAAUCGGAAACACUUUUCGAGAGAUGACUUCAAGGGCUCAUUCAGUUAUGACAACAAGAGUAAUGGAGAAAGUUCGGGCUUUGUUGAAGUCGAGGAGAUCAAGCAAAUCACAUCUGAGAAUCGCGCAGCUCACUGCUUGUUGCCAGAUUGUGCAUUCAUUCAUUGUAGAGUAUCUAGUGAUCCAAAAGAAGACGUUAUUCCAGCUGCAUAUGUCGAAAAUCUGCUCCUCCAGAGUUCAAAUUCCAAAUGUUGGAGUGCACAUGAUGAUGAACCAGUGGAUCUAACUGAACCGCGAUUUGAGAAAUUUCAUAUGCCAACAGUACACAUGAACAAGUGUUGA